UGACUCGCCCCCUGCUGGUCAGGAGGACCCCACAGCACCUCCAAUCUCCUCUGUACAACCUGCCGGCCCAAGCUUGGCAGCUAGUGAGGCAACAGGAGGGUAAGUUAUCUUUCACUAUAACAGGAAGCUAUGAUUAGACAUACUGUCCCAACCAAGGGCUGUUACAAAAACAUUCAAGUACAGAAAGAUGGGCUUAGGAGCAAACAACAUACAACAACACAGAGUGAAGCACUCAAAGAGACUGUAUUGAGAACUCAAAGCCUGGGCUUCAUCUCGUCACCUUGUAGGCUGCAUUCCAGAUUGUUAUUCAGCGCAAUCGGAAGCGUUUGUAAAUACCAGGGGACAAAGUGUUCAUUCCCGUGGGCUGCCUGCAGAAAGACUCUCUGAAUCCCUGGAAUUUGAGAUCUGCCUCACGAUUGCUGUGGAGCAUUGUUCCUGCACAUUAGUGCUGUUUAACUGUAUUAUCAUCCACAGGGGAUAUAGUGGAAACGAGAUAUAACACAAUAUUAUGCAUCAUUGUAUUUUAGCUUUGAAAUCGGUCUGAGUUGGAUUCAUGAAAUACUGAAUUUGUGCUGGGUUUUAUAUUUUAAGAUGUUAUUAUAAACAACUUCGACAGACUGGAGUUAUACAGUCAGAAGGUUCAAGCCUGUGUACAUAUUUGCUCAUUUUUAGAUAGUAUAAGGAGAUUAAACUUUGACAGUAUGUUAACAACCCAACAAUUCUCACUUAAAGCUGUACUGGAUUUCUCUUUUACUCUUUAAAUUUUUUUUGUUUAAAAAAAAAAAAAAAAAAAAACUAAAGAAAGAUGUGAACAAUUUGAAACAAAGAUAAUUAAUUGGUUCGAAAAAGGGUGCAGGACAGAAACACAGACAUCAUCAAUAUUUCUGCUUUGAAACAUUAUAAAAAAAAAAUAAAAAUAAAACAUGUUACCAGUGAAGCUUUUGUUCCAUUUUGUGAGGAUGUGCUGGUAACCAAAGCAAAACUUGUAAGUGCUGCGUCAGCUUUUUCAGCUUGUUUUUCCCUCAAAGUGAACCCCCACGGGCACUUAUCAAACUAGGCAAACUGUUUUCAUUUGUAUCUCUUAAAGCAGAAGCUGUGGCAAUACUGUAGGAGUGCUUCAAUGAGUACUGAGAAAUGCUUUAAAACCCAUCUUGUUAAUUAUGAUUAAUACUACUAACAUUAUCCUUGUGCUCCCUGGUCUUGUUUUCAAAUCAAUUGCUAUAGCUGUAAAGUGCUGCUGCUUCAUGGUUCCAAAUCAAAUGCUGUGCUUUAACACACUGUAAAGAUUUAAUCAUAUGAAUGCAUUCAAAUACUCUUUUAAAUGAGAAAAAACAUUUAAAAGCUCUGUUGAACUGACACGCACAAGCUCAGACAUGACACUAACCAACUCUGUAGGAACUGGACAUGAAAAAGCCUGACAGGAUUUCAGAACAAAACAAACAGCUGACCAAGGCAAGGUGGGUCUAACCAACCCCGUCCCUGGAAACACCCAGCAUUCCUCAUUGGCAGACCUUGACCACACCUCCCUGAAAAAUGAUCCUCACAGGUGUGGUCAAUCAGAACCUCACUGAUGUCAAAAUGACCAUGUUUCCCAUUUUGUUAGUCUCUGCUAAAGUUAUUACAUCUCCAUAGGGCUUAAAGGACUGGUACGUUUCACUGUAAAAAAUGAUAAUGUACUAUGAUUUCAAAGGAUGUACCCCAUUAAAGGCCUGUGGUAUACUCAAUUUGCAUACACACAGCAGCAUUUGCCUGUUGCCAUGGUCUCAAGUGAACCAAACUAACCGGCUCAAGGUAUUUUUAACUAAAUUCUCCUUUUGUUUUGCUCUUUAAUGAAAGCAAUAUUUUAGAUUAGCGGUGGCCCAAGCUGGUUCUUCCAGUUCUGGUCUUUGUUCCAACCCUGUUCUAAAUGGUUUAAUUGAAUCAAUCAAACUUCCAUCCAGACCCUGAAGCAGUGGAUUACCUCAUUUUACUUGUUAAACCUGGAGUGGAAUGGCCCUCCAGGAUUGAGAUUGGACCACCCCCCCUGCUUAAGUUAGAGCAACAGGCACAACUUGUAAAUCAAUUGUAUUGUAUUAUACUGUAGUUCAGUAUAAUUGAUAUCAGUCUGGUUGCAUGAUUACAGACUGCAGUUACUUCCUAUAAAAAUGACACAAAAGGGAAGAUGGAUGAGGCAGUGUGUGUAAAAUGACCUACUUUUAAUCCAUGACUUGCACUUACAGAUAUAGAUGAGAACCAGAUGGAAGUGUUAUGAAUCUAUAAAAAAAUGAUAAAUUAAUAAUUCCCUCUGUAAAAUCAGACCAAGCUAUACAUUUGUUUAAUGCCCAUUUAUGUGGACUAAAAUCAUUUAAAUUGUGCGAAACUGGAAAGAAACUGCUCACAUCAACUCACAAAACCCAUUUUAAUCUCCUGUGAUCCAUUCAGUUGAUUCCUCCGAGUACAUCUGCAUUUGCUGUGGCUUCAAAAUAGCAUCCAAACAAUAGAACUUUCCUUUAAACAACAGCUUGUGCAAAUUGGCCUAAUAAUAUUUCAUUACAAUCAAUUGUCUUGCAUAACAAGUCCAUCCUGUUCAAGCUGACAAAGUAAUACCUAAUAUAGUCUUUGCUUUGUUUAAAAAAAAAUGUAGAAGUUCAAACUUGAGCAGCAUCUUCCCUUGUUGCAGUUCAUUCUCUAAAUUCAGUACCUUAAGGGUUAACAUUGCAGAACACCCAACCUGACCUUUUACCUUCCUCCUGCUUAUUAUAUAUUCAUGAGGUCUCCUGGGCCCACCUUCCAAGGGAAGAAUCUGCAACAAUACAGGCACUUCUGGGAUCUGUGGCAAAUACAAGAUAGAAAACAACAAUAAAUCUGAAAAGGAUUGCUUUGGUAUACAACAAACUCACCAUCAGGACUAUUAACUCCUGCCAUGCCAGCAGCAUGUACAAGAGACUGUCUUGGAGAGGCAGAGUUUCAACUUCCACUGAACCAAAGAUUUCAGAGCAAGAGGAGGCUCCGGGAGUCUCUAAGGACAAAUCAGAGGGUCUUUCCUGGAAGAGAAACAGCAUCUAUGAUGCCCAGUCCACGCCAGCAGUGGAGCCUGGGACAGAGAGCCCUGAAGUGAUCUAUGAUGAUGUUCCUUGUGAGAAUAUCCAGCCCAAGACAGAAGAUGAGCUGGUCUAUGAAGACGUGCAGCACGAGGAGGAGCCAGGCCCCCAGGAUGGCUGGAGCACCAGUGAGUUCGAGAGCUACGAUGAGCAGUCUGAAGAGGAGAGUGAGAGCAAGCUCUCCGCGCGCAGCAAGCUCUCCCCAGACGUGCGGGGCCUGAAGGAACGGUGCGCCCGGACCAAGCGCGAGCUUCUUGCUAUGAGGCUGGGGCGCCGUGACGUCAGCCAGAUAAAACAGAGCUAUGACUGGAAGGUACAUCAGCUAAUGAAAGCCGCCAGAAAUGGAACGAAAGACGGACUGGAAAAGACAAAAAUUGCUGUCAUGAGAAAAGUCCCCUUCUUACUGAAGAAGGAUAUUCAAGAUGAGAUGGAGGAUGACGCUGGCUACCUGGAUGUUGCCCUCUCAGAGUCCAAACACCCCCCUCCCGAGCUGUGCCCCAUGCCAGAUGGAUUGACCAAUCAGCAGAUUAUAAGACGUCACAUCCUGGGCUCCAUCGUGCAGAGUGAGCGCAACUACCUGGAAUCACUCAAGAGAAUCCUGCAGGAGUACCAGAAGCCACUGCUGGAGUUGGAACCGCGCAUGCUGAGCACAAAGAAGGUCCGGCUGGUAUUCUUCCGCCUGCGUGAGAUUCUGCAGUGCCACUCCAUGUUCCAGAUCGCACUGUCGUCCCGCGUGGCCGAGUGGGACCUCAAUGAGAUGAUAGGUGACCUCUUUGUGGCAUCGUUUUCCAAGUCCAUGGUUCUGGAUGUGUACAGCGAUUACGUCAAUAACUUCACGAAUGCCAUGGCUCUGAUUAAAAAGGCUUGCAUCUCCAAACCUGCUUUCCUGGAAUUUCUCAAGAAAAAGCAGGCUGCCAGUGUAGACCGGAUCACUCUGUAUGGCCUGAUGGUGAAACCCAUCCAGAGAUUCCCCCAGUUCAUCCUCCUGCUGCAGGACAUGCUGAAGAACACUCCAAAGGGACAUCAGGACAGGCUGCCUCUGCAGCUGGCCCUCACGGAGCUAGAGACACUGGCUGAGAAACUGAAUGAGCAGAAACGCGUGGCCGACCAGAUUGCAGAGAUCCAGCAACUAGCCAAGAGCGUCAGUGACCGAACGCUGAACAAGCUGCUCAGCGCAGGCCAACGCCAGCUCAUCCUGUGCGAGACUCUCAUUGAGAUGGUGUACGGGGAUCGGGGGCAGGUCCUCAAGUCCAAGGAGCGCAAAGUGUUUCUCCUCAAUGACACCCUCAUCUGUGCCAACAUCAACAUCAAGGGGCCCCCUGACCUCGGCAGUCUUGUUCCCAUUGGGCUGAAGUACACCAUGAAGUGGAGCGCCCCCUUGCUGCAGGUGCAGGUGGUGGAGGUGGGGCAGGAGGGCAGUGUCCAGAACCAGGAGACAAUGUUCCAGCAAUGUGGGGCCAGGAGACCCUCUGGCACAAGCAUCACAGGCAAGGUGUUCCUGGGGCCCCCCAGACUCUACCAGGAGCUGCAGGAGAUGCAGCAUGACCUGGAUGUGGUGGAUCAGAUUUCCCAGCUCGUCCGCACGCUGCAGGGAACCUAUCAGAACCUGAACUCUGCAGUGUCCCAGGACUGGAGCCUGUCCCUGCAGAGGCUCAUCCGCAUGAAGGAGGAUGAGAUCCAGACCGCUAACAAGUGCCGCCUGCGGCUGCUGGUACCUGGGAAGUCAGACAAGUCUGGACGGCCGGUCAGUUUCAUGGUGGUCUUCAACACUCCCAGCCCCCUCAGUAAAAUCUCCUGGGUCAACAGGCUACACCUCGCCAAGAUUGCACAGAGAGAAGAGAAUAUGCCAGGCUGGUUCUCCGCGGAGGAUGAUGUAAAGACCAAAGCCCCUUUUUGGUGCCCACUUCUUGCCUGCCGUGUCCCGGUUUUCCCUUCAAAAGCUCAGGAAAUGAAACUGGAAGCUGCCCUCCAUAAUCCGGUCCAGUGUGCACUUCUGGGGUUUUCCGCUGCCAGUACUUCCCUACCACAAGGCUACCUCUGGGUGGCCAGUGGGGGUGAUGUUUCUCACGGUCAGGUGGAGAUCUUCUCCCUCAACAGGUCUACUCCCCGUGCUGUCAAAUCCUUCCAGGUGGGGGCACCAGUGCUGUGUCUGGAGUAUGUUCCUGAGGAGAGCCAGUCCGAGGAGGGGGAGAGUGGGGCUGCUGAACGGACCUCCAUGUUCGGCAACACAAUCUGUUUGGGGCUACAGGAUGGCAGUAUCCUAGUUUAUGGCAGUGUGGACACGGCCGCCCAGUGCCUGCUAACCUUCCGUAACCCCGAGGGAUGCCCGGUGCUGUGCCUGAAACAUUCCGGCAACUUCCUGUUCGCGGGGUUGAAGGACGGGAAGGUUGUCGUCUACAGACGGAAGAGCAGUGAGAAGCUGUGGGAUCCAGAGUCCCCUCGCUGCUCAAGUAUCGGCACAGAGCCGGUCCGCAGGCUGCUGGCUCUGGAGGACACUGUGUGGGCCAGCUGUGGAAACAGGAUCAUUGUCAUUGAAGGAGCCACCAUGAACACCCUGGGUUUUGAAGCACACCAGGACAAGGCGGUGAGCGUGGCCCACAUGGCGCGCGCCGGGGGCGGGGUUUGGAUGGCGUUUUCCGAGGGCUCGUCUAUCCGCUUGUUUCACACCGAGACGCUCGAGCCCCUCCAGGAAAUCAACAUCUCCGCCCGCACCACCUUCCUCGGCCCAGCUCAGAAGAGCAUGCGGGUGACCAGUCUGCUGGUUUGCCAGGGGUUACUGUGGGUCGGCACUUCCCAGGGAAUCAUAGUCACACUGCCAGUGCCCAAGCUGGAGGGCAUCCCCAAAAUAACAGGGAAAGGAAUGACCUCUCUCAACGCUCACUGCGGGCCGGUGGAUUUCCUGGUGGCCACCUCUAGCACGCUGUCCCCACAGCUGCUCAAGAGGGACUCCAUGGGGGAUGAGGUGGACUCGCCUAGUCGGGGGGAGGGCAAGACCAACACCUCCUCCCAGGAAUCCCUGCACCAGGUCAAUGGCAGCUCCAGGAGGGAGGGCAAGGGCCAGGGGGUCCUGCUGCAGUACCGCCUGCGCUCCACCUCCCAGCUCCCUGGCAAACCCCUGAGCAGCAAACCAGAGGGAGCGUCGGACUCGUCUCUGGAGUCCCUGGAGCACAGUGUGGAGGACGGCUCCAUCUACGAGCUCAGCGAGGACCCAGAGGUGUGGGUGCGAGGCAGGCCCUCAGCCCGGGAGGGGGGCCGGAAAGAUAGGGUCACUUCGGCUGCCGUCAUCUCCGGGGGGAGAGGCUUCCGUAGCCUGGGAGGGGGUGGCGAGAGCAGCACAGGCAGAGAGUCAGAGAGCAUUCUCAUGGUUUGGCAGCUCCCUCUCACUGUGUAGGCAAGGGCCUGUAUGCUACAAGGAAACUGUGCAUCAGUCACUCUCGCUCCAAGCCAGAUGCAGAUGGGGUCUCCAUAGCCUCUGGAAAGAGGCCCCCUGGAAUUCAAUAGGCUGUGCUCCUGGAACAGGUAUGGGGUGGUGUAGCUGGCACCCGUAGGGAGGACACUGAUGCUAUGAAAGACAGCACAGUACCUGUAAUGAGAGUGGACUGGGGUAAUUAUGAUCUGGGAAAAUUUUAAAUAUGUGAUUCCACUACCCAAUAUUCGGUUAUAUGAACCAUUGGGUGAACAAUGGGUGCAAGAGGACGGUGUCAUAGGGUCUGUGUAUUUUCUUUAUCACACUGUCAUCAUCCCCUUUAAGCCACACCCCUUUACACCAGACUACGCCCUAUAUAAGUCUACCCCUCCCACUUUCAUCAUCUGAUGGAUCUUGAUCUAUUCUAAUUCCUCCAGAAAUGCCCCACAUUGACCACACCCCUUUCAAGUUUGACACCUGGUAUCUUUCACAAAUGUUACAAACAAAAAGUGCAAUUUAUUGCACAGGGAAAACCAACACCCACAAAAGUAAGCAAACAAGUAGGCUUUUGUUUAUUGUUCUGUUCUACAAAGAUUACUGAGGCGAAUUGUAUUGCCGUCAUUAGCUGAUUUUCUGUCUUCAGUGGUUUAAUCAACCAAGUUUGUUUUAAUUGGUU